GCCAGGACAGCUGUGGUAUUUCAAUUCCUGUUUGUAAAUGCCUCCUAGACCUGAAGAUUUGUCUUACUAAUGCCUAUAUCAAAGAAGGCUACAAUGUUGACCUCAGCCCAAAUUCUGUCGAUUUCAACCUUGUUUAGUUUACUACUACUAGGAAGCCAUGGGGAAGAACAUCUCAAAAUAACCACAACACAAAACAUCGCAGAAGGCUUAAAAACAAUGGCGAAUAAAUCUGUUCCUUUGGAAAGUGAACCGAACUUAAAAUCAAAUAAAGAAAACAUAGAAACCUCUAACCCCGAAGCAAAUAAUUCCUCUCUUUCGGAUCCAUCAAAUAAAAUCCAUGAAACAACAGAUUUCGUCAAUAAUUUGCCAACAGACAACUCUUCCAGGAGUUCGAGACCCAUGCCGAUAUUUUCCACAAGCCCUCCCUUGACCCACAGCUUUGUUGCUACAUCGCCUCAGAACUCAUCUGUAGCAGACGAAAAUCCUCUAUCAGUCUCAGCACCUCCCAAUGCUACAUCUGCUGUGUCUUCAGAAAAGUUUACUUGGUCUUCAGUCAAUGUUACCAUGAAAACUCCUGAUAACAAUUCUACUAUAGUUAGCACCUUCUCGUCAGCACCAACUGCCGUAUCUUUGAACCCCAUGACAACAGAACCAGAUGGAUGGCCUCCCAUAACCAGUGAUAACUUGGCGGGGUUUACCCCCUAUAAGGAAAUGACUCUACAGCCCACAUUAAAAUUCACCAAUAAUUCAAAAAUCUUUCAAAAUACAUCAGACCCUCAAGAAGAUAAUAGAAAUACAGGCGUUGUAUUUGGGACCAUUUUAGGUGCUAUUCUGGGUGCUUCGCUGCUUAGUCUUGUUGGCUACUUGUUGUGUGGAAAAAAGAAAACUAAUUCAUUUUCCCAUCGGCGACUUUAUGAUGACAGAAACGAACCAGUUUUGCGAUUAGACAAUGCACCGGAACCUUACGAUGUGAGUUUUGGGAACUCUAGUUAUUACAACCCAACUGUGAAUGAUUCAUCCAUGUCACCAGGACCAGAAAAUGCACGAGAUGGCAUUCCUAUGGAUGACAUACCUCCACUUCGUACCUCAAUAUAA